AUGGUAGAUUCAGAGCCUCUUUCAUCUAAUUCAUCAGCUAUACAAUUAACAGACGUAACCGUUCACUUAGGAAAUAAAGAUGUCUUAAGGUCGAUUAAUCUUUCUAUCGGAUCGGGUGGCAUUUUUGCUUUACUCGGACCGAGCGGGUGCGGAAAGACAACUUUGAUGCGCACAUUAGUCGGCCGUUUACAUCCCACAAGCAAUCACGAUGGAACUGAAACAGCAUUACAUACAACGAAUACGAUUGAGGAAGAGCUAUUUUUCUAUGGCCGAUUAGCGAAUAUGCCAACAGAAAAGCUUCAACAGCGAUGUCAAUUUUUAAUUCAUUUGUUGGAAUUGCCAAAUAAGAGCAAACUUAUUCGGAAAUUAAGUGGAGGACAACAGAGACGAGUUUCAUUCGCACUUGCUCUGAUCCAUGAACCCAACUUACUUAUUUUAGACGAGCCAACUGUUGGUGUCGAUCCAUUACUGAGAAGAAAAAUCUGGCAGCAUUUAACUGAAAUUACAAUGAAUGGAAAUCGAACUGCGAUCGUAACCACGCAUUAUAUCGAAGAAGCUCGACAAGCAAACAUAGUGUCUUUUAUGCGGCAUGGGCAACUCUUAGAAACAGAUCGUCCAGAUAAAUUAUUAAUCAAACAUAACCAACAAAACCUCGAAGGUGUGUUUCUAGAAUUAUGUGAAGAAAGACAUCUAUUACAUAUACAAAAUCGUAGUCGAGACAAAGUACAUCUCAAAAAUCCCUUAACUAUCAUGAAUAAAAUUUGUCAACCAUUCGUAUCAUCAUCAUCAUCAUCAUCCAGAAACCGACGAUGCUGUGCUGCAAUACGUUCUUGUGCGCGUCCAUCGUUUGGUCGCUCUUUUUAUGCACUGCUCAUCAAAGAUUUACUGAAAUUUCAACGCAAUCCAGCGAUGUUGAUCAUACAUUUUCUUGUUCCUAUUCUCCAGAUAACAUUAUUCUGUUUAUGUGUUGGCCGAAAAUUGACAAACAUCUCGGUUGGAUUUGUCUCACGAGAAAUAAUUCAAUCAAGCACAACUAGUGGAUUAAUAAUGGAAAAAAUCGAUAAAAAUAUCGGAUAUAAAUCUUUGAGUGAUGCUCAACGAAUGUUUGAAAAAGGACAUUUGUCCGGAGUGAUUGAUAUCGGUGCUAAUUUUACUCGUGAGAUUUUAGCAAAAGUAGAACAUUGUUCAUUUGCUGACGAGAAUGAAUAUUCAGAUGCUCAAGUUUUGAUCUAUGUCGAUCAGACGAAUCGACAAAUGAUCUACGCAAUUGCUGAGGAAAUUAUUCGGGUCUUGAAAAAUACGUCGAUGGAUUUUAAAUUGGGAUUUUGGAGUUCAUCGGAUUCGAAGCACGCGUUACUGAAAUUAGGACGAUCUGCCAACGAUCAGUUAGAUUUUGAAUUUACUUUUACACAUUUCAUGGUUCCUGGUAUUGUUCUUUCUGUAAUCUUCUUCAUGAAUGUCGGCCUUACUGCUCUUUCACUUGUCCUUGAGCAAAGUGAUGGUACGCAAGAUCGCGUAUGGAUAACAGGUCAUUAUCUCAUCUUUCUCCAACAUCAAUUGGAGUUUUCUGGUGUUUUAGGUGUCAGAUCCGAUGAAAUUGUUUUAAGUCAACUAAUUAUCCAUUUGAUGAUCCUUAUCAUUCAGAUAGUAAUUGUUUUAUUUACUGCGUUAGUGAUUUUCGAGCUUCCAUUAAAAGGUAGUCUUAUUUGUACCAUACUUCUCUGCGCGAUACAAGGAUUGUGUGGCAUGACAUUUGGAUUGAUUAUAUCGACGAUUUUCACAACAGAAAUCAACACUCACCAAGUUACGAUGGCUGCUUUCUAUCCUGUCUUACUUCUUAGUGGAAUUAUUUGGCCAUUGGAAGGACAACCAAUGUGGUUGCGAACGAUAACCACAUGGUUACCAAUGACCAAAGCAAUUGAAGCAAUGCGUGGUGUUCUUCUGAAAGGAUGGAGCAUUAAACAUCUCAUUGUCCAACAAGCAUUUGCCGUUUCAUUUGUUUGGACAAUAUGCUUUCUUAUUCUAACUCUUCUGAUUUUCAACUAUCGUCGUUUAUAA